AUCCAUUAUCCAAUAUCCCAUGUCCGCGGGACCACAGCAAAGGCCAUUCAUUGAUCUCCCUGAGUCCCUGACCAACUAUGAAGCCAUGAAGGUAUUAGUGACCGGGGCGUCCGGUUUCCUAGGGGGGAGACUGUGCCACGCGCUGCUGCGACGAGGUCACUCGGUCCGGGCCUUGGUCCGGCGCACCAGCGACCUCUCGUCCCUCCCUCCGCCCACCACCGAUAGCGGCGCGUUGGAAAUCGUCUACGGCGAUGUGACAGACUACCCGUCCCUCCUCGCCGCCUUCUCUGGCUGCCACGUCAUUUUCCACGCUGCCGCUCUGGUCGAGCCCUGGCUUCCCGAUCCUUCUAGAUUCUUAUCCGUGAAUGUUGAAGGAUUGAAGAAUGUGUUACAAGCAGUGAGAGAGACGACAACAAUCGAAAAGCUUAUAUACACGUCGUCGUUUUUUGCUCUUGGGCCCACCGAUGGACACGUUGCUGAUGAGAAACAAGUUCAUCACGAGAAGUUUUUCUGUACGGAGUAUGAGAAAUCGAAGGUCUUGGCCGAUAAAAUUGCGAUACAGGCUGCCUCGGAGGGGAUUCCUAUUGUGCCGGUUUAUCCUGGAGUUAUUUACGGACCGGGCAAGGUCACUGCCGGAAAUAUCGUUGCUCUAAUGAUUGUUGAACGCUUUAAUUGGCGGUUACCUGGCUAUAUAGGGUCUGGAAAUGAUAGAUUUUCUUUCAGCCAUGUUGAUGACGUGGUAGAGGGGCAUAUUGCAGCAAUGAACAAGGGACGACCUGGUGAAAGAUAUCUACUGACAGGAGAGAAUGCAUCAUUCAGGCAUGUUUUCGAUAUAGCUGCUAUCAUCACUGAGACACAAAAGCCUAUGUUUAACAUCCCCUUUUUGGUGCUCGAGGCAUAUGGCCAGGUCUCGGUUCUUUUCUCACGAAUUACGGGAAAGCUUCCUCUGAUCAGCCCCCCGGCUGUGGACGUUUUAAGACAUCAGUGGGCAUAUUCCUGUGAGAAGUCCAAAGUAGAGUUGGAUUAUAACCCUAGAAGCUUGAAAGAUGGACUAGAAGAAAUGCUUCACUGGCUGAAGAACUUGGGCUUGAUAAAAUUCUAACGAGAACACACUGACAUUUCUUUUAUUGCGAUUGUGCAUUAUUAUAGAUUGUAAUGUGUAAUACUGUCACUUUCCACUUCCUUCUAUCCAAUCUAAUGUGCAACUGUUAACUAUGCAAA